AUGGAGCCCAUCACUAUCGACUCCAGCGACGAGGAGGACACGGCUCCAAAUGGAGCAUAUGACAGGCCAACGACCAGCCGCGACCCCCGGCUACGCCCUGGCGCAUACUACGCCGGCAGACCCACGAGAGCCUGCCCAACCGGGAUCCGACAGGCUCGAGGCCCUACCCGAGCCCCGUCGUCCCCGAUGCAGCCAACCAUGCCCAGAGCGCCACCGCGCCGAGCCACGCCGCACCCAAUGUCCGAGUCGUCGGACGAGUCGCCUGCAGCCUCGCCAACACGGCGCGCCGCACCACCAACGCCGCCACGACCCUCGGGGCGCUCCCGAGCCCCGUCGCCCCCGAUGCGCCCAAGUACGGCCAGAGCGCCACCGCGCCGAGCCACGCCGCACCCAAUGUCCGAGUCGUCGGACGAGUCGCCUGCAGCCUCGCCAACAAGGCGCGCCGCGCCACCGACGCCUCCACGACCUUCGGGCCGCUCAGUCUCUCCGUUUUACACGGACAGAACGGGACGCAGGAUCCCCUGCUCCCAAGCUCCGCCGUCGGGACCCUACCAAGGUUCCUAUAACCCGGGCCCACCAAAUCCGGACGCGCCGGGCCACUCGCGUUGGUCCCACAACCCGCGCCCCGCUCCAGGAUACCUUGAUCCGACCGCUGCUGCUCCACCACCUGCAGGGCCCUACAUUCCAUGCAGCCCUCGCCAGCAGGACCCGGAGUCGGACGAGGACGACGACGAGGAGGGAGACUCCCGAUCCUCCAGUCCAGCUGCCCCGACACGCGACGAGGACUAUGUACUGGAGGACGCCACCGACAGCGACGCCACCCCUCUGUACCCCGGACACCACGGGGAGGAAGCCGGCGAACAGAGCAACGACGACGCUCAAACCAUCAGUAGCGACAGCGAGCCAGACGAUGGUGCCCCCUCGGCCGCCCACUAUCAAUGGGAAGGAGAGGAGCGGUACGGGUUCUGGCGGGGAUCGUGGAUUCAGUUGAUCCACGCCCGCUACACCUCCAUCCUCAUUGAGGCACCCUUCCGGCCAACUCCGGACCCGAUUGUCACCUUUCCCCCGUCACCGGAGAGGCUGUGUAUAAUGGCCCCGGACGAGGACUGGGAGAUGGACUUGGGAAACACCCCCGAGGUCCGCCCGCCGUCGCCAGCACUGGGGGAGGAUGCGGUCCUGCCCAUCUUCCCCGGCGACCGGGCCGACGACAACGCACCACUGGCAUCCACGAGCCAACAAGCGCUCCGCCACCUCACGGACAAAGCCUACGAUAACGCCCCACGGGCAUCCACAAGCCGACAAGCGCUACACAACAUCAGCGACCAGACUUACAACAACGCCCCACGGGCAUCCACGAGCCAACCCGCGCUCCGCAUCAGUGACCAGAUCGAUGACGACGCACCGCUAGCAUCAUCAAGCCAAGGCUCGAUCCCCAUCGCCGACGAGACCACCGAGCAUGGCUACCAGCCCACCUGGAAGGCAAUGCUAUGGGAAUCGGAGAGCAGCGACAGCGAGACAGAGACGGAGCAAAAAUUCCGUCGCAAGGAGACACAACCACGGCCACAGCCGAAUCUUGUUAUGCCUGACCAGCGAUCCGCGGCCCACCGCCGCGGGAUAGCCACUGCAAUGAACGCGCUACACCACGCUGCCGAGACCAACCGCCGGGCCGCCAACCAUAGCCGCUCCACUACCCACGAGGAGGUCACUCCCCCAGCCACCCCACGUGUCGGCUUAGGAGAUCGCGGGUUCGAUCUCUCCCCAGGCACAAUGGACAUACUCAUGGAGGAGCUCGAGCCGGGAGUAGAGGGUCUGGUCCAAGAGUUAAUCCCAGAUUGGGACCCGAGCGUACCUUCGACAGCACCAAUUCCUACGGCCACCACCGCCGACGAGGUCCCACCUCCGGCACCGCGCUUCCCGCGCCCAGUUCCUACGGCCACCAUCGCCGACGAGGUCCCACCUCCGGCGCCGCGCUUUCCGCGUCCAGCCCCUGCGGACCCUACCGCCGACGAGGUUCCACCUCCGGCGCCACGCUUUGCUCGUCGAGCCCCUCCGGCGGAGGAUUUCACCACCGACGACCCAGUGCCCGAGCGAGUCGCCAUACCAUCCGCUUGGUGGACUAACACGCAUGACCAGCGAGUUCCACUGGCGGUUUGGCAGGAGGUAGAGCGCCGGAGCCAUGCAGCGCAGUACUCCCGUCAGCGCUUCCGCGUCCGCACGCCGGAAGGACCAUACCAAAUAACAAUGAAGACAACAGGAGAAGUGCAGAUCCGUUUCGGCCGGGCAGAGUAA